AUGUUAAACGCGUUUAUUUUCACGGUUACCUCUUGGAAACGACUGCAGUGGGCAUCCUGUACAGAACAAAGAAGGACCAGAGGAGAAAAAAAGAAGCCAACAUACGUGUGUGUGUGUCUGCAGGAGAAGGCGCUUGGCAUCCCGGCACCGCAGGGAGAGCAGCGGGCGGGUGGGGCUGCACAUCCCCGCUGUUCAUCGGAAACAGAUCCUGCGGGAUGCACAUCCCCGCUGUUCAUCGCAAACAGAUCCUGCGGGCUGCACAUCCCUGCUGUUCAUCGGAAACAGAUCCUGCGGGACGCACAUCCCUGCUGCUCAUCGGAAACAGAUCCUGCGGGAUGCACAUCCCUGCUGCUCAUCGGAAACAGAUCCUGCGGGAUGCACAUCCCUGCUGCUCAUCGCAAACAGAUCCUGCGGGAUGCACCGCGGGAUGCGGAGCGGGAGGAACUCCCUCUCCAGGCGGGAAUGAAGCGGCAUCGCCGGGGGGAACCGCGGGGACACGGCGGAGCCGGGAGCGGCACAGAGCGCUGCCGGCCGAAUGUGUGCCCGGUGUUGGAGCUGGCGCUGGUGGGACACCAAGAGCCGUGCGUUCAGUCCUUCAGUCGGAUGGUGAGGAUGUGGAAACAAGGCUGCACCAAGAGGAGGUGGUGUGUGAGCUACGAGAGAAGGUCUGGCUACUACACAGUUUACAAGCAGGUGUACAGGAUGGAGCACCACACGGUCUAUAAGUGCUGCCCCGGCUGGGCCCGGCGGGACGGUGAACCCGGCUGCUUGCACUUGCUCUGCACUGCUGGCACUUGCUUCAAUGGAGGGAAAUGCUCUGGAGAGGGAUCUCAGAUGUGCCAAUGUCCUGCAGGAUUCCAAGGUCCUCGCUGCCAGUACGAUGUCAACGAGUGUGCCACGGAGAACGGGGGCUGCCACGAGCGCUGCUGCAACACCGUGGGCAGCUUCCACUGCAAGUGUCCAGCUGGCCAGAGGCUGGGGGAGGAUGGAAAAUCAUGUACAGCUGUCAAUUCCUGCAGUGUUAACAAUGGGGGAUGUGAGCAGGAGUGUGUUCAGCUCGGUGAGGAUCACUACAAGUGCCAGUGCCAGCCAGGAUACCAGCUGAGGGCAGAUGCCAAAUCCUGUGAAGUGAUAGACCCCUGUGCAAGUGGGAACGGAGGAUGCUCACAAAUCUGUCAGAAUGAGCGAGGAAUUGCAAAAUGCGAGUGUCAUCCAGGGCAUUCUCUUUCUGCAGACAAAAAGUCGUGUUUAGACAUCGAUGAGUGUGCAGAAGGCAGGGCAAGGUGUGCCCAUCGCUGUGUGAACAGCCUGGGAUCCUUCAGCUGUGCCUGCAACCCUGGAUUCGAGCUGGGAGCGGACGGGAGGCAGUGCUACCGCAUUGAGAUGGAGAUUGUGGACAGCUGCCAGGAGGGGAACGGCGGCUGCUCCCAGCGCUGCGAGCACACGGCUGCCGGACCGCGCUGCUCCUGCGCCCGCGGCCACCGCCUCGGUGGGGACGGCAAAACCUGCACAGAUGUGGAUGAGUGUGAGACUGGGGAGUCCUGCUGCUCCCAGUUCUGCAUCAACUACUCGGGGGGCUACGAGUGCGCCUGCAAGGCUAAUCACCAUUUCUGCCUGGAUUUUCCAGAUGUGGAUGAAUGUCGUCUGGAGAAUGGCAACUGUGACCAUUUCUGUGUGAAUUCCCUGGGGUCAUACGAGUGUGCCUGCAAGGAGGGCUACAGGCUUGGGGACAACCGCUGGGCCUGUGUGGAUGUGGAGGAGGUGGAUGCUGAGGAGGCAGUGGGGUUCGCCGGMGCCCCGGGGCUGCAGUUCCGAGGGCCCCCCCAGCUGCUGCACUACGCCCUCGGUGCCCUGGCUGAGGAUGGAGACCCUCGAGGAGAGCUCACCCUGGUGCACAGGGUCGUGUGCCUGGGUGACACWUUUGGCCCGGAUUGCAGCCUGAGGUGUGAGGACUGUCUGCACGGGGGCCGCUGCAACAGCGAGCGCAGCGGCUGCGUCUGCGCGCCCGGCUGGGCUGGCAUCACCUGCAACCAGACCUGUCCCCCUGGGACGUUUGGCCGAGGAUGCUCUGGUGUGUGCGAGUGCCGGAACGGCGGCCGCUGUGACCCCAUCACGGGGCAGUGCCACUGCCCUCCUGGCGUGCUGGGCCGGCUCUGCGAGGAUGGUUGCCCAAAAGGUUUUUUUGGGAAGAACUGCAACAAACCGUGCAACUGUGCCAACAAGGGCCACUGCCACCGGCUGUAUGGUGCCUGCCUGUGUGACCCCGGGCUCUACGGCCGCUUCUGCCACCUCACGUGCCCACGGUGGGUGUUUGGUGCUGGUUGCUCCCAGGAGUGUCAGUGUGUCCAGGAGCACACGCUGGAGUGCAGCCCCAGGAAUGGCUCCUGCACCUGCAGGCCUGGCUAYCACGGCAAAAAGUGCCAGAAAGAGUGCACCCCRGGUUUUUUUGGGGCUGGUUGCAAGCUGAGGUGCAGCUGUCCUCCUGAUGUUCUGUGUGAUCCUGAGACAGGAGCCUGCAAACAUCCSUGCCCGCCUGGCUUUCAUGGAGAAAAAUGCCAUUUGUCUUGUCAGCCUGGCAGCUUUGGGAUGGGCUGCAGGCAGAGGUGCAGCUGUGGAGGAGCUCCAUGUGAUCCGAARACAGGGCAGUGUGUUUGCCCAGCUGGGAAGACUGGCACCACGUGUGAGCAAGAUUGCCCCGAUGGCCGGUGGGGACCAGACUGCCAGCWCUCCUGCGAGCCCUGUGCCAAUGGGGGACAGUGCAACAGGGAAACUGGGGACUGUGACUGUCCCCCUGGCUACAUUGGGCCAUCCUGUUCUCACACCUGCCCCGAUGGGCACUAUGGAUUGAGCUGCCUGUCACUGUGCAGCUGUGACAAUGCUGCUCAGUGCCACCACGUCACCGGCGAGUGCUCGUGUCCCCCGGGCUGGAGCGGCCACGACUGCACACAYCGGUGCCCCGAGGGGAGCUUUGGCCCGAGCUGUGGGUCCAGCUGUCAGUGCCAGAACGGAGCUGCCUGUGACCACGUCAGCGGAGCCUGCACAUGCACGGCGGGCUGGACAGGAACCUUYUGUGAAAGAGCUUGUCCAGACGGAUUCUUUGGGAUUGACUGCCACCAGGUGUGCAAGUGCAAGAAUGCUGCUGGCUGUGACCAUGUUCAGGGAUGGUGCCGCUGCCUGCCGGGCUGGCUGGGGGACACCUGCGAGCAGCCCUGCCAGGGGAACACCUAUGGGCCAGACUGUAGGGACACUUGUCACUGUCACAACGGAGCUCGCUGCCACCACGUCACCGGGACCUGCCUUUGUGGCCCAGGCUGGAAAGGAGCCACCUGCCAAGAAGCCUGUCCUGCAGGGUGGUACGGAGCAGACUGCCUGCAGCGCUGCCUCUGCCACGGCCAGGCCACCUGUGACCCGGUGACYGGMGAGUGCCAMUGUCCCCAGGGCUGGACAGGGACAGCCUGUGAGCUGGAGUGUGGGGACGGGCAGUUUGGAGAGGGCUGUGAGCAGAACUGCAGCUGCCAGCACGGUGUGUGUGACCUGCCCUCGGGGACAUGCCUGUGCCGCGCCGGCUGGACCGGGGAGCGCUGCGAUGUGGCGUGCCCUCCAGGAUUUUUCGGCAAGCGCUGCGAGGAGCGGUGUGACUGCGCCCACGGCUGGUCCUGCCACCCCCAGACUGGAGCGUGUCACUGCCACAGGGGGUGGCGUGGGAGGCACUGUGACAAACCGUGCCUGCCAGGCCGCCACGGUGUGGGAUGUGCCCAGCGGUGCCGCUGUCCCGCCGGACGGCCCUGCCAUCACCUGACGGGUGCCUGCCGAUGUCCCCCGGGAUUCACCGGCCUCGCCUGCGAGAAGACUUGUCCAGCGGGCACGUACGGGCAGGACUGUCACGGAGUGUGCCAGUGCUCUGGGCAGAACCAGGAAUGUCACCCUGUCACCGGCCACUGCUCCUGCAGCCCGGGCUACCACGGGUCCCACUGCCACCUCCGGUGUCCAGAAGGCACUUAUGGUUCAAACUGCCAAAAUCCCUGUGAAUGCAUGAACGGAGGCCGCUGUGACCCUGCAUCAGGAACGUGUGAUUGUGCUCUCGGCUUCAUUGGAGCCAACUGCAGCAAAACUUGCCCCGAGAGCCGAUUUGGGAAGGACUGUGCCCAGUUGUGUGCCUGUGGCAGRGGUCAGUGUGACCCACGGACUGGCGAGUGCAUCUGCAGCCCCGGCCACACGGGCCCCACCUGCCAGCAAGUGUGUCCCCAGGGACAGUACGGCCCCAGCUGCCACCUGGCCUGUACCUGUCAGAAUGGUGGCAUCUGUGACCACGUGGAUGGCAACUGCACCUGCGGGCUCGGCUGGACAGGAAGGUCCUGUGAGAAAGAAUGUCUCCCAGGGACGUAUGGGCCCGGCUGCUCCUUGGAGUGCCCGUGCCAGCACAAUGGCACCUGUGACAGAUUCACAGGCUGCUGCCACUGCCCCGCGGGCUUCUACGGCCACUCCUGCCAGCACAGGUGCCCCCUUGGAUUUUAUGGGCUGGGCUGUGUUCACACCUGUGCCUGUAAAAAYGGAGCGAGCUGUGAUGCAGUGACAGGACAGUGUCUUUGUCCUUUGGGUUAUCAUGGUGUCCAAUGUGAAAAAGGCUGUGACAGGGGCUGGUUUGGUGAGMGAUGCCAGCACCAGUGUGACUGUGGAGAUGCUCCCUGUGAUCCAGAGACUGGGAAGUGCCUUUGUCCCCCUGGGAAGACUGGAGACAAAUGUGACACCGAGUGUGGCCCAGAGCGCUACGGUCCCGGCUGCUCCCUGCGGUGCCAGUGCGCCGGCCGAUCCCGCUGCAAUCCCUCCAACGGCAGCUGCUCCUGCCCAGCCCCCUGGAUGGGGCCAACCUGCACACAAGGUGGCCCUCCAAAGCUUCCUUUUUAUGAAGAACAAACUCAAGAAAAAGGGAGUAUUUUUCCAAGAGCUCUACAACAGUAACAUUUGGACUAAUAAAUGAACUGUUUUAUAUGCACAGACGGUAUUUGAAUUUGGAUAUGAAAACAGUUAUUCAAUUCAGCUUGAAUUGUACUGAAGUAUUCACACUUCUUAUGGAAGACUACAGAGGCCRUUUAGUAGCUGGAUCCUUUUAAAAAGUUGAAUCUGUUUCAUGUGCUCAUUCCUAGCCUCUUGCCCCUCCAUUAAUCUACUCUGGACAUUCYUUCUGAUAUUAAUACAAUCCAUUGCUUGAAAGCCUGGACAUGUUUUUAAUCAGCCCAGCUCCAAAAAGCAUCAGGAUAAGCAGCGUGUAGCACAUCGCUAUGGAAUGAGCCACACUCCAUAUCAGGGACUUUCUAAACCCACUUGACAACCAGCACCAAGUUUAAAGAGUGUUCCACAGAUUAUGAAGCCUCUACAGAUMACAUUGCACAGAAACUGGAGGGAUUCAUCGAGUUAAUUCCAUUUUGAAUAUCAUUGUGUGUUCCAGAAGAAGUCCCUGAUUUUAAACUYGCAGCUGAAGAAGAAUCCGCCAUAAUCCUCAAAAAGCUGUUAAUUUAUUUAAAAGCAUCUUGUGCAUUUCUGGUAUGGUUUGACUGAUUGGAAGGUCUUUGUCUGAAUUUGUCUUCUGAAGAGCAUGGUAUCUGCCAAAAUCUCCGGCAUUCUGUGUUCUCACAUCUUACCAGAUGAAUUUCUCAGUGGUUUGUCAAGUCAAACUGCAGCAUUUCUCAUCAAACAAUAUUUGCUAAUGCAGGAAAGGUUUUAUCUUGAAUGGAGAAAGCAGGCAGUAAGCAAGGAGAGAUGCUUAAUCUCUGGAUUUUGUGCUUUUACUGCACAAGUUGGUUUUUUUUUUAAUUAAGCCAUUUUACAACAAUUGUGAUGCCAUUCAACAGCAGCUGGUGGUCACUUGAUAGAACAAAGACAUUUYGGUGCUAUUUUUGUCUGUUUAGACAGAUUUUCCUUUGAUAUAGGUCUAUGUUGUUAUAAAGAAAUUUAUGCUCUGUAUUUUAAUAYUCUGAGUUAACCAGACUAAAAUAUUUCAGAGUGCCUCUUCAUACCUCUCUUUAGGUUAGGAGUUACAAAAUCUGUGUGGUAACCACUUGAGUCUGUAUCAAAAGUGCACUUAAGAAGGGACAUSAGAGCAUCAAACACUCAGCAUGGGCAGCUCCAGCUCUUGUGCUGACACCCCCUACACCCACCAGAGCAAACUGCAGCUCUGCAAGAGCGGAUUUUUGUCUUGCAAGAGGCAAAAUGACAAUUGUUGAUGGCAGUUUGGGAUUUUCAAAGACGUUUGUUGUCGUGGUUGGGUGAGRGAUGAGUUGGCGAAGCAGGAUCCAGGAGGUUGGAGGGGAAGCUGAGGUCACAAUUUUCCCCCAUGGUUCACCCCARGUCUUGAACACAUCUGGAGUCAACAGCUGUCCAGGCCAAAGCAAGGGGCACUUGCUUCCCUGGGAGUUUGUUUCACACUGGGAUUUGUGGAAAGCAGUACAGUGUUGAGAGACAUUUUCCAAGCKUCAUGGGAAUUCUUAUUGUUGUUACUCAUCACUUUAUAGGUAUUGAAAGUAAAGGUAUUUGUGAAURUGUCAAAAUUAAUUAACUAACUGUGCUUUCAGCCAGAAAAUCACUGGGGCUGAUGCUGAUCCCUUUUAAUUUUUUUCUGUAGAGCUCAUUGAAUGUCACUGGGAAGUUCAUUCAAUGUAAAUGUGACAAAAUUAUGGUCCCAGAAGUGUGUGACUUUSAGCAAGGCAAUGACAUUGUAAAUGUUCUUUUGGAGGUGUGAUGACCUGGGUCUGAUCCUAUAAUUAUGUGAAUUUGGGGCAAUUUCACUGAACUGGAACUGAGAAGGUAAAUCUCCUGUGAGACAAUGRGAUACAAUAUUAGCAACUGGUGGUGAAGAACAAUUCAAUUUGAGCAGUUGACCUAUUUUGAUCUUAACUCUGUAUUUACUGCAGAGCCAGACUGCAGUGGCAGUGCAAGUGUCACACUGUACUCAAGAUUUUUUGUAGAAUCACCGAGUAAGUAAAGUAGAAAACCUCUGAAGGUCCAAACUUCCCUUUAAAACCUGGGUUUGCUCAGAGAUUCAUCCUGCUCAGUUCUGAAUAUCYCCAAGGAUGGAGAUCCCACCACCUCUUUGAAUCUGUCCCAGUGAAGAUUUCAUUAUCUUAUUUUUUGCCUGGUUUCUAAUCAGAGUUUUUAAGUUUUGGCUUUGUUCCAUUCCUUCUCAUCCUUUCAUUGUGGAUCUCUGAGGAGCCUUUGGUUUAAUCUCCCCCAGCCCCCAUGGGGUAGUUGGCUACAGCCCUUCCCUGGCCAUUCCAGAGCAUGGACAGAUGCCCAGAGAUUGGUGUGGUUACUCAGCAGCUCCUGCAUGAAACCCUUUAACAYUGCUGUCAAACAGCAAAAUGUAUCAAAUGUACUGUUUUUCUCUUGUUUUUUGUAGAAUGACRUGUGAUGUGAGCAGCUAAUCAAAGGGGAAACCCUUCCCAAGCCAUAUUAUUUACACCUGUGUAUACUUGUUUACAUUUUCCACAGUACYUUGAUGAUAGAAUUGUAAAUAUGUAGUAUAAGGAAAUAAAAGAUUUUUGUACUGAGUGUUUUUAAAGGAUGUCACAAUUUUAGGUACAUGAUGAAACACAUAUUUGAAGUGACUGAUGCUGAGCCUGGGCCAAUGAAUUAGAGGCCCAAGUAGAUCUGCUUUGGGAAAUAUUUCAGCAAACCUUUUUUUCAAUCAGAAAAUGACAGUUCAUACAAACCACUCCAUAUGCAAUAGACUUUUUUUUAUUCAAAAUGCUUCUUGGCUUUUUUAUGUUAUUACCUUGGGGAARGAAGUUCACUUCAGUGCCAUCAGACAGACCAUUCUGAUUUGUGGCUCUGCAUGACUUCUUGUUCCAAAACRAAGUACAGCCAUAUAAAGGUAAAAAUCAGAAUUAAAGAUUUCAAAACUGUUGAAAGAUGAAUUUUGAUUUGGGUAUUUGGAAUGUCUUAUCUUGGCUCCUACUUUUUUCAUAAGGCAGAGAAAAUGUUUACAGGAUUUUGUUCUCUAACAGAGCCACAACUUURCACGAUUAAUUAUUAAUUAAGGAGSUUUGCUUGCUUGUGAUGUCAUUAGUAUUUUUUCAUUCUGCUCCUUACUACAGUUUAGCACGUUUACCUAAUUCUUUGCCUAAAAAGUAGUCUUUAUUAAAAAGGAUGUAAUUUUUUCAUGGAA